AUUGUUGAACAAGCGCAAGGGGAGGGCACGGAGGGGUAGAAAUUGAGAUAAAAUUCUCCACUUGGUUAACCCCAAAAUAUCUUUUUCGGCUCUGACCAACCAAUGGCAAGCAAGUGUUGAGUGGACUCUCUGAGUAUACCCCGGGGAUAGCUUCAGGAAAGCCAACCCAAACUCUAACUGAACAGUUUGGUGUUUUUGGACUGAAACAGCCGCUUCUUGUCCAUCGUUUCUUCACUCACAGCACCCAAGUAAGGUACAGUGCAAGAUAAUGCAAUAAUUAGAAUUGCCAACUGCGUCUUGGCUUCUAGAAUGCCUCCCUCUGUUCCCGACAGCGAUUCCGAGUCACUCCGCCAUGACUCUGUUGAGGACCAGGUCGAGGACAUCGACGACGCCGAGGAAUCUCAAUCACCCUUCCCUGCUGAGAGUUCGGCGUGGGAAGAGGGCGACUUGAGCAUGGCAGGCGACAGUGGGCAGCCGUCGCCCAAGCGUAGGAGACUUGAUGAUGGGCAGGGGAACGGGGGAGACGGGAGGGGAGAGGAUUGGGUCGCUGCGACGUUCAAAGUCAGUGCGAAUGCAGAUGCCGAUGCCGAUGCGAAUGGCCAGCCAGAGCAGGACCAUGGCCACGAGACUGUACCGUAUCUCAGACCCGGCUUGCGUGACCUCGACGACAAAACCGAGACUGCCUGCAUCUUUCGGACCUGCGGUUCUCGUACUGGCGCAACCCAGCAAUUCAUAAAACACCUUAUGGAUAGACACGGCCUCAUUCGGGGCGAACACGGUCGACAAGUAGGCGGCAAGCGUAAAUCGCCCAAGUACCUCACCCUCUGCCCAAGUGACUGGCCAUACAACCACUGGCUCAGCUCGUCAUGCAGCUGCUGCAAGACCAUCACCGGUAUCCUCUCCGUUCUCGGUGACCUUGCACACGAGAGUCCCGCCAUCUGUUCCUUCUGCUGGACCUUCUUCCCGUCGCGCGGCGAACUCGUCACGCACAUCAACGAGGAAUACUGCAGAAGCUACGAGGGGUACCCUCGCAAGCUGACCUUGGUCAAGGACAUGUAUGUCGCCAGCAUUCGCAUGGCGGGCGUCAAGGAAAUCGCCGAAGCAGCCGCCGAUCAGCGCCAGGCUCACAUCGACGCCGAGCGCGCCGAACGCGCAGAACGCUUGAUUAAGGAGGCGCAGAUGCUUCGCGGCCAGUCGCAAGCCAGGCUCCUCGCCCAAGCCGGGGCCUUGAAGCAACCAGCUGUCCAGCAACAACAACAACAACCACAACCACAACCACAACAACCGCCAUCACUACAACAACAGCCUUACCAACCUUCCCCGCCUCCCCCGCCCGUCCAUCCUCUCUACCGACCGCCACCACCUCCUCCACCACCCCUUCCUCUUCAUCCUCCUUCUGCCGCUGCAUCUGCUCCCCCUCCUCCUCUUACUCCUACUCCCCAACCACCUUCACAGCAGCAACCGGGGUCGGAUUACGCGGUAGUGCCGUCUGCGGCACUCGAGCCGAUGGCCAGGAGCAUCGAGCGGCUGACCAACGUCAUCAGCGACCUGACGGCGGCCAACGUCAUUGGCGAUCUGACGACAACCAACGCGCUGCUGCUGCGGGACCUGCGGCUCAAGGAGGAGCAGCUGGCCGUGCGCGACGAGCGGAUCCUGACGCUGAGCGUCGAGAAGACGCGCCUUGCGGCCGAGGUGGAAAAGCUUACCGAGCAGUUGCGGGCCCAAGGUGGCGCCCGGGUAACGAACGGGGAGUGAGUGAGCAGCGGGGUGGUGGGCCGCGCAGUGGUUGGGUUUCUGUUUCGGUUGGUUGGCUGGUCAUUUACACAACCAAGGUACUACUAGGUGGGAGCGCUUGAUACCCUUCAUAGUUUCUGCUCCUAACACGCUAUUUUUACCUCUAAUCGCCGUCAUCGACAACCCGGCCUGUUUAGCGAAUUGCUGUUGACUGUAGCACUCGUGUAUGAUGUAAAAUAGAAAGGAUAACGCAAGACUGUGGAGCCCGAACCUACAUUCGCAAGCAUCUUAUUUACAGUGUAUAUCCAAGCACAGGUUCGUCCCGUCGAUCUCGCUGUCUGUAUGGUAGAUACAUCACAAUCAACAGAUCCUCUGCCAGACACUGUAGUCAGAUAUCCUUCGACACCAGGCACAUAGCC